GGAGCCUAUCCUGCUUCUGGAAAGAAAAGAAAUUUGGCACGCUUGCACUGAUCAGAAAGGCUUCUAGAACUCCUAUGUUUUGCCUUCAUUAGAGCUUUUAAUGGGGGGCCCAGCCACUGACUGAGUUCAGCUGCAGUAAAUUUAUCCUUCGUGAGUAUGGGAAACUUUUGUUACCCAUAUUCAAUCAAAGCUGCUAUUGAAGUAGGAACUUCUGUUGAAGUAGGAACUCCUGUUGAAGUUAGUGGGUAUUUGCCUAUGUGAGGACCAUAGCUUUUAGUUCAAUAAUAAGACCGAGCUCUCUAGUCCUUCAUGCUGUUUGACAAUUGUUAAUAUAGGACCCAUAAUCUAAGGAGAGGGGAAUAAGUAAUUCAAUUUUAAUUAAACAUAUUUAACUGUCUGCAAUAAAUCCUUGUAGUUUUCUUUAGGGAAGGCUUGGCUGAAGUGGUGUGCUUUUACUUUUUUUAUUGUGGGCUGAUUUUCUUUACCUGCCCUCAACCAAUCUGAACUGUUAUCUACAGAUGAGAAUGGAAAUUUAUAGAAACAGUAUUGCAGCUGCAUGAAAGUAAACUCUAGGAUGCCCCAUGGCAAUCGCAAUAGUUAGUAAACUAUGCUGUCUAGUAGUUUCAUCUGUAGAUAGUUUGAGAAGCUAGUAUUUUGCAUGUUCUAGUUCUUACUUCUGGGCCCCAGUUUCAUUACAAAUCUGGUUCAGGGAAAUAACAAGCAUCAGAUCUGAUAAAUGUGAGCUGUGCUUUUUAAAUUGAAACUUUGCCAUUACAUUAUUUUCUAUCAGUUUUUAUCACAUACAAAAUUGUGUUAUGUCACCUUGACUGAUCCGGUACAAAGAAACAAGAUGAGACACAAUGACAGGACACAGUGCUACACAUCAGAAACAUCAUCCAUCAGAAAUGCAAUCUGAUGCAUUAAGAAAGGGGAGAGUGUGAGAGGGGAAAAGCUAAUUUUGGCAGAGACUGGAUAUGUUGAAAGCAGGUGCUUCUUUUUAUCCUCCAAGAGUUUCUUUCUGCGAGUAAUAAAUCUUUUAAUUUUAAAUGCCAGUCUGUGUUGUAUUUUUGGUGUGUAUUUCUGCAGAGGGACUGACUGAGAGAAAAGAUGAAGCUGAAAAGUUCACUGGGAUUUAUUCUUCUAUUCCUCUCUAAAUGUGAUGUGUUGACAAGUGCUGAAGAGGCUGUGGAGCUUGCUAAUGCCCACCUUCUCCCUCAAAGAGGCUACGAGAGACUGGGUAACAACAAUGAGAAAGAAUAUCCAAGGGAUUGUUAUGAGAUUUUUCAACGCUCUGAAAGAAACUCCAAAGAUGGUCUUUAUGUCAUUCAGCCAAUGAAAGAUCCUAUUGUUGUCUACUGUAAUAUGCAAGAUGGUGGCUGGACAGUAAUCCAGCACAUUACAGCCAAUAGUACUGUGGAUUUUGAUAGGACUUGGGAGGAUUACAAAUAUGGUUUUGGCUCAGUUCAUGACAAUUACUGGUUAGGGAAUGAAUACAUGCAUCAGUUAACCAGCAGCUCAAGGCCAUAUACACUUAGAGUCAAACUUGUAGACCUAAAUGCUGAAAUCAAAUGGGGAGAGUAUGACCCAUUCUACAUUGAAAAUGAAGAGUCUCAAUACAGGAUAAGGGUUGGUCUAUACAAAGGUAAUGCUGUGGAUGCUCUGACGCAGGACACAGAAGCUUAUCUCCAUGACAACCAGAAAUUCACAACCAAAGACAGAGACAAUGAUAAUUAUUUUCAGAAUUGUGCUAAACUAGAGUACAAUGGCAUUCCAGGUGGAGGCUGGUGGUACGAUGCUUGUGCUGGAGCAAAUCUAAAUCGCAAGAAUGUUAUAUACUGGCAAAAGGACUGCAACAAAGACCAUAUGUGCAAGUUUGCAUGGAUGAUGGUCAAGCCCAGUGACUAUGGCCAAUGUACCACAAAGGCUUGUCCUUGUCAUAAAGAUGAAUUAUAAAUAACACAACUACAUUUUAAAGGGAUGUCAUCAAUGACACUUGUAAAAAAUCUA